AUGAAACGAACUUUACAAAAAUUCAAUAAAAUUUAUUUAUCUUCAUGGAAUAAAACAAUUGACUAUAAACCGAAAAAUUAUCUACAACAACCUCAACCUAACGUCACUUUCAAUCGAAAUAUGAAAAAUGCAGCAAAUGUAAUCGUAAGAAAACGUUUAAGUAAUAUGGGAAAUAGCAAAGGCGAUAUUUAA